CGCGAGGGGAUGCUACAGGAGCAACUCGUGGAAAAGGAUGGCGGCGGCCGCACGGUGCUGCAUCUCGCGGCUCUUAGUGGAGAUGAUGGCAACCUGGCGGCUGCCAUUGAUAUUGUCGCAAAGCACCUCGACAAAAGCCAGAUGUUGGAGAUGCUCAAGUCGAAGGACGCCGCAACUGGGAAUACAGUACUGAUGGUGGCAGCCGCCAGCGGGGAAGCUAAGAGCUUCAAGCGCGUUCGGAGUGCUCUAGGUAGCCAGGACAAGACCGAAGUGACCAGUCUCAAUUUAGUGUCAACCGAGCUCAUUUUCACUCUGCAACAGCUGAGGCAACACCUGAUGGAGAAAGACGGUCAGCAUCGAACGCUGCUUCAACUCGCGGCUCUCAGCGGCAACAAGGAUACCGUGGACGCUGUGUGGGAUGCUUGCAAGGAGCAUGGAAUAGAGGCAACCGAGAUGGGUUCGCGGCAACCGUUUCGGUGUGGUGGAACAACGGCACUGAUGAAGGCGGUUGAAGGUCGUGACAUGGACAAGUUUUUGGAUGAGUUCGAACGUGAGCUACGCAAGGCCAAAGAACCCAAAGACGCCCAGGGUAUUCACGGUGAGGCCGAGGAGCUAUACGAUCGCUUACAAGAUACACUAGAGAAGGUGUUGGAGCCUGACCACCCAGAGCUUGCCACGCGGAUCAAUAACCGGGUGGUGUUGUCGGAGAAGCAGGUCGGUGACAUCAUCAGCUCGAAGAACGUCGUUGGCGAGACGUUAUUGUCGAAAGCUGUCGAAAGCGGUGACGUCCAGCUGUUUGAACUCGUACGGAAGUGCGCAUGGGCUCUCCUUAGUCCCAAUCAGCGAGGGGAUCUCGUCGAGUCCCAAAAUAUUUUUGGCGAAUCCUUGCUGGCGAAGGCAUUCGACAUAGGAGAUGAGAACCUGUUCAAAGCCGUCCUGGAAUGCGCAUGGGAAGUCCUCGAUCACCAUCAGCUGGACUGCACAAGGAUGCGGCGAAGUCCGCUGUUGGAAGCUGAUGUGGAACAACUCCUAGUCAUCUCCUCAUGCGCUCAAGCAGGUGACCUCGUGGGGAGGUUGACGAGAUCCCCAAUUGUGAUUGGGUUUGUGAAGUCAAAGGCUCGAACCCUCGAACAUACCGCCGCUUUGUCGUUUCGAACGCAGCUCGUCGAGGCUUUGGCAUUGGCAGACAUGGAAAGUGUUAUGCCUACGACAGUGUAUGACGCGCAUCAACUUGUGGCCUGCAUGCUUCGGAAGGCCUUCGACACAGAGAAUAUCGGGGUCAUUGAAGCUGCCUUGAAGUUCGUGGUAGGCCGCUGCAAAAACUUCGGAACAGAGGUCGACUGGGAAACCAUCGAGAGGUGGAUGAAGGGAUAUCCCCGAAGCGCUAGGAGUCUUCAUGCUCGGCUGGCACGAAGGUUGAUGGAUCGCUCAUUGUCUGGCCGGAAGGUGGCGGAACAGCGAAGCUCGUGGAUGGACGGUGCAUUUUCUCACGAGGCGAGGGAUAUAUCGGAACGCUUCCAUGCGGAUGAUUUCAAGAUGCUGUUUUCGCUAAUUGCAAACUCGGCACGGCCAUCCGCCAGCGCGCUCAAGGAGCUCUCACGAAAGGCGGCAUCUGGAGACAUUUUCAAACGCUGCUGCUUGCGUGCUGUGACCUCCGCCGCGAACCCUUUCGUCCCCGGCGUCACCUUGUCCAUACGGCUUAGUGAGGCCGCGAAGCAAGCUAGCGAGGGAGAGCGAAGGGCGCUUUUUGACACCAAGUCAAGCAUUGACGAGCUGUUGCUGGAGAUGUUCGAGCGCUUACCUCAGACGGUCCGUGGAUUUGAAGAACAAGCGGGCAUGGAUUCCUGUACUAACGUUCUUGAGCCGGAACUGAUGAGGGCAACAACUGGAUCGAACGACUUAGGAGGGCCUCUGGACAUGAUUAUUUCGGACCCGCUGCAGCUAGAGACGUUUUGCAAAGUUCCAUUGAUUAUGGACUUCCUGUCAAGCAAAUUUACGCUGGGCUUACCGGACCUGAUGGACACGGCAGGAUUAUUGAAGAAUGAGCACCAUUUAUGGUACCUGGAAGAGGAUGGCCUCUUUCGAGACGAACACGGGUUCGGGUCGGACGGGAUUCCGGUUGCGCUUCUUGCAGCGUUGCUUAAAGGAGUUCGGCAGGGAAUAUGGGAUAAUACUCCAAUCCUGACCUUUUUGCCCGGGACACAGUUCAUCGUGGCAGCAAUGGUUGCGGCCCCAACCAAGUACUAUGAAGUCCCAGCCAUGAGAAUGCUGCUGGAUUUCGUGGUGUAUGUUGGCAUGGUCGCUGUGCUCAGCUCUUUCGUUCUCUUCCACAGCACGACCGAAAGUGAUUCGGGGUUGGACGGCAUCGUAGCCCACAGGUUGAGCCUCUCCGAAGGCGCAUGUGCGCUGAUUUUCAUCACGGCUGGAGCAUACCGAGAGGGGCGCGAGAUGAAGCGGGGCAUCCGUGCAUACUUCAAGGACCAGUGGAACGUUCUGGACGCGCUAGGCAUAUUGUUCUUGUUCGUCGGCUUGGUCAUCAGAUGGGACGACUGGACCAGUACUUGGGGGCCAGCAUUCUACGCCCUGAGUGCCCCGUUGGUGGUCGCCCGCGUUCUUUUCUUCGCCCAGAUCCUCCAGUUCCAUGGACCGAUGGUCCAGGUGAUUUUCCGCAUGACGGCGACACUCUUGCAGUUUGGUGCGGUCAUGUUGGUCGUCAUGAUCGGAUUCACCAUGGCGCUUCACGUUUUCUUCCGGGAUGUAGCGGACUUUGGUGACACCUUGCUUGGCCUUUUCAAGGCCAUGCUUGGCGAGACUGGCAUCUUCGACGAGUUUUCCGGCGGACGAUACGACCCUGUGGCCACGAUCCUGGUUGUCGUGUAUCUGUGCAUCGUCACGGUUAUGCUCCUUAACCUCCUGAUUGCCAUAUUGAGCACUGAGCACGCCCAGGUAAUGGAAAAUACUGCUGAGGCGUUCAAGGUGUCGAAGGCGCGCAUUAUUGCUCACUACCGGACGGUUGUCGACAACGACGUGCUUCCCGCCCCCUUCAAUUUGGUUCAGCUCAUUCUAUCGCUGGGGGUGAUCGUUUUAACGUUACCAUACUAUUUUCUCCUGGAGGCGAAGAGAGAACACAGUGAGACAGAACGCCCUGCGACUGAUGAGGAUGGUCGCCUAUUCUGGGGGAAUGUGUGGGAAGGCGCGAGACAUCGACAUAGAAGCGCUAGGCGGGCCUUUGGGCAGUUCGUGUGGUGGCUCGUGCUGGGUUCUGUAGCUGUUGCUGGAGGAGCGAUGCUGUGGAGUCUCUCGGGGUUAUUCUACGCUCAGUAUGCGUGCCACUCGUGGCUUUCGACUACGGACGAACAGAAUUCUUUUUUUGGUUUUCUGCAGGAGGGCGACGAGGAGCCCGACGAGGAGGACACGGCCAAGGAUGUUGUAGUGUUCGGCAGUUGUGGCUCACCACUAUGGCGAAUGCUUCAGGGUGUACGCAUCGUGUUUAGAUCCGUUCUUCAGUGGAUCGGAGUUGUACUCGCCUGGUUCCUGAUAUUCUUGUUGUGCAUUCUGGGUGCUCCGUGCUGCCUUGUUUUGCGAUGGUUGAUUUUGCCUGGUACGGAGUUUUUCUCUUGGUGCUGGAAGCUAGCUGCAUGUCGGUCCACCCAGGAUCCUGGCGAGGAUAAAAAAUCCCCAAUGCGUUCUAGUACGCCCACGAUAGAGAGCAUGCUGAAGAAGGGCUGUUGUGGGGCAGGCGCGGAAAAUCUGCUUGAAUUCCUCGAAGACCCGAUGAACGACAAGGAUGUUCGGCAAGACGAGAAGGAGAGGAAGACCACGGUGGAACACAUCAAGCUUCUCCGGGACCGCCUAGAAAAGACCACGGUGGAACGCACCAAGCUUCUCCGGGACCGCCUAGAAAGGACAACCGAUAAGCAGCUUCAGGAGUUGCGCAAGAACGUGGCGUCGAAGGACGAACUAGAGGAGUUGCGCCACCAUGUGGCCUCCAAAGUGCAAGACAUGCAGGGCGGUUUGGAGAAGAUACUGGCUUUGGUGCAGGAACUGAAAAGUACUACAAUCAGCAGUGGUCGCAAAGAUGGGGGUGACUCCUCCAGCGACUCUGCGGCGGAAGACAGAAAGAGGUCAAGUGAAGAGCUCGUGGCCCUGAGGACACCAGUCAGCUCGCUGACGGAUCAGAUGAGCCAGCUAAUGUCGCUAGUGGAAGAUACCAUCAAGGCAAGCAAGAAGGAGGAGCCAGUUGGCACCCUGGAGGGUGCCGCUGAUCGCGGCGAUGCUAGGGAGAGCGCCGCUACGGAGUUCACGAACGCCGAAGGAGGGGCACCGUGGACCGGGAGUGCGCAGGACGGGANUGAAGAGCUCGUGGCCCUGAGGACACCAGUCAGCUCGCUGACGGAUCAGAUGAGCCAGCUAAUGUCGCUAGUGGAAGAUACCAUCAAGGCAAGCAAGAAGGAGGAGCCAGUUGGCACCCUGGAGGGUGCCGCUGAUCGCGGCGAUGCUAGGGAGAGCGCCGCUACGGAGUUCACGAACGCCGAAGGAGGGGCACCGUGGACCGGGAGUGCGCAGGACGGGAGGUACCUGCGCGAACGUGUUCGAGAGUCUGGCCGUCAGGGCGACACAGCGGCGAAGCAGGGGGCUUUGUCCCCCAAGAGGUGAGAGUAGCCGCUGCUCACAACCAAGAUUAUAGUAGUGCCAUGGGAGAUGGUGGUGCUGGUGUUGGCUUUAGAUACGGAGCCACAACCCCAGCGACGGGGUACCAAAAAGUGCGGUACACUUCUCCUCCAUUCAGCGGGAAAUCGAAAGAUUUCAACGAAUGGCUAAAUGGUUUCCGCAUGGCAGCUAAUGGCGCAAACCUGUUGGAACAAUUUGAAGAGAGCGGGAGCUUGGAGAUCCCCGUCAACAGCGGAAAGAGCAAGUUUUCGUUGUCACAGC